AUGGAUUUUGAUACAGAAAAGUUCAUUUUAGAAAUAAAAGAACGCCCCGCAAUAUGGGAUAGCAAAUGCGCUGAUUAUGCAGACAGAAAUAAAAAGUUAAAAUGUUGGGAGGAAAUGAUUAAUAUAUAUGCAAAGGAAGAUGAUACAUCGGAAGAAAAGAAAGAACUCGGUAAAGUACUUAUGAAAAAAUGGCGGAAUAUUAAAGAUAGUUUUGUAAAAGCUUCGAAAAAUAUGAAAAACAUGAAAAGCGGUUCAGGUGCCAAACAUAAAAGCCCAUAUACCUAUUAUAAUAUUUUAUUAUUCUUAAAGGACUCUACUAUGGUAAAUGAGACAGAGUCAGACAUUGCCAACAAUCUUUCCCAAGACCAUGAUGGCCCAUAUGAAACAUCACAGAAUUUAGUUAGUCAGAAAAAAAAGAAAAAAAGUAAUAAUGAAGACGUUAUUGGACAACAAUUAGUAUCAGUAUUGAACAAAAACUUGGAGUAUAAAAAAGAAAUGGAAAAUGACGAAGACAAGUUGUUUUUGUUAUCCCUUUUAAGAGAGUUCAAAAAAAUUCCAGAAUCCAAUAAAUUGGAAGCGAGAUGUGAAAUCAUAAGAGCUAUUAGAAAUGCUCAACAACCAUCAUUUCAUUAUAGUACGCAAUUUGAUCGAGGGUAUCGAAACCAUAUGUAUGAAAGUGAAUAUGCUGGAAGAGGAUAUCAAACACUUGAUAGUGACUACACUGGCCGAGGGUAUGAGAGUAGACUCAAUAAUAGAGAACCCACAACUACAGGUUACCAACACCGUCAAAAUCUACCAGGUACAUCCACGCACUCAAUGGAUACAACUGAAGAGGCAACUCAGGAAUCUGCUAGCCAAGACGACGCUUCGUUGAUGUCUGAAUUGUUUAAUUCACCGUAGAUUUUUUGUUAAUGUGAUUCUAUUUCUAUGUGCCUUAAAUAAAUGUGAUUCAACUUAAUAUAUUGUUUUCUUACCUGA